CAGAACCGCCGACCUCUGGAGCCGCUGUCGGGAUGCCCCUCCAGAUCAGCGAUUACAGCUGGCAGCAGACGAAGACUGCGGUCUUUGUCUCUCUGCCCCUCCGAGGUGUCUGCGUCAGAGACGCGGACGUAUUCUGCACAGAAAACUAUCUGAAGGUCAACUUUCCUCCAUUUUUAUUUGAGGUAUUUCUCUAUGCUCCCAUAGACGAUGCGAGCAGCAAAGCGAAGAUUGGGAACGACACUAUCGUCUUCACCCUGUAUAAAAAAGAAGCGACAAUGUGGGAGACCCUAUCUGUGUCAGGGGUUGACAAAGAGAUGAUGCAAAAAAUAAGAGAAAAAUCUAUUUUACAAGCACAAGAGAAAGCAAAAGAAGCUAUGGAAGCAAAAGCUGCAGCAAAGAGGGAAGAUCAAAAAUAUGCACUAAAUGUCAUGAUGAAGAUUGAAGAAGAAGAGAGGAAAAAAAUAGAAGAUAUGAAAGAAAAUGAACGGAUAAAAGCAACUAAAGAAUUGGAAGCCUGGAAAGAACAUCAAAGAAAGGCUGAAGAACAAAAAAGGAUUCAGAGAAAAGAGAAAUUAUGUCAACAAGAGAAGCAAAUUGAAGAAGAAAGAAAAAAAUUAAAACAUAAAAGUCUUACUGGAAAUCUGGCAUCUAGAAAUCUUGCCAUAAAAGCAAGGACAUUUUUGCGUAUAUGUAUGAGGAAAUCUCAUAUAUUCUGGUUUGCAGAAUGGCUACACAAACAAGCAGAGGCACGAAGAGCAACGAAUACUGAUAUUCCUGAACUUUGUGAUUUAAAAGAAGAAGAAAAGAAUCCAGAAUGGUUGAAGGACAAGGGAAACAAAUUGUUUGCAACAGAAAACUAUUUGGCAGCUAUUAAUGCAUACAACUUAGCCAUAAGACUAAAUAAUAAGAUUCCACUAUUGUAUUUGAAUCGGGCUGCUUGCCACCUAAAACUGAAAAACUUACACAAGGCCAUCGAAGAUUCUUCUAAGGCCUACAGGAUUAUGAAGCUGCACUUAAGAUUGAUCCAUCCAACAAAAUUGUGCAAAAUGAUGCUGAGAAGAUUCGGAAUAUAAUUCAAGGAACAGAACUAAAAUCUUAAGGACUACUAGAAGCAACUAGGUAUUGUAUUAGACAUUGUUUUAAGUUUUUCAGAAAUAGCUGGAAGCAUUAGGAAUGUUUGUACAUUUUAUGGAUGAUUGUGCAGAAUCGCUUUCUGUUUAGCAUUCUGAUUCUGUUGAGGACAAAAUGUUAUAAAUCUAUAGAUAAUGAAAUGUUUGACUUGAAUCAUUUCUGAAUAAAUCGAAAUAAUAAUCUAUUUUAAUUCUUUACUUCUUCAUAUUAAAACAUGAUUUAAUUAUAUGUAUAUUUUUGUCACUGAAUUAUGCUUGCCUUUGUAACAAUAAAUUUGUUGGUAUGGUUACCAAGACACUUACUGAUUAAUUUUUAAGAAGAUAGAAUUUUAAAAUAAAACAUUGUGUUUAUAAAA